AUGGGAUCGCGAAAGCGCACCCGCUCCGAGGCCAUCCCCAUGGACCAAGACGCCCCGGAAGAGCAAGGCCUGCUCACCCAAAUACGGAAUACCUGGGAAUUUGCAAGUCUCAUGCAGUACAUCGCCAUCUUUGGCCAGGUGAUGAAGAUAGACGAGGAGUUUGAAAUCGAGGAUCUGGAGACCGAAUGCCUCAAACCUGAACCCUCUCAUAAACUUUUGGAAAUUGGAUUGUGUCUGCUCAAGUGGAUCUCGUCGCAUCGCGGCCUCACGUAUGAGAAUUUCGACGAGUACACCCGCCGCCAAUACAAUGCGAAAGCUCCCAAUACUACCAACCCCUUUGGAUAUGAUGAGGAGCCGAAGAAGUUUAUGGAUUUUGAUGUUUUCCUUAAGCUUCGUGUUCUUCAUACGUUGACAACUUGGACUUUUUGGAACGCGGACCGUAUUCGCGACAAGAUGCCUGAGAAGAGGGAAACUGAUCAGCUGGAAUGGCGCAUUGAAGAGUUUGGUUGGGAUCGCGAAGGGCGUUCAUACUACGUUCUAGAUGACAACCCGUCGAAGCGUGCUUCCACGGCAGCUGCGGAAGAUGGAUCCGACGAGGAGAACAAGGAUGCGAACAAUGAAGAUCCCGCUGUGGCCUUCGCUGAGGACCCUUUCAAGUGGGAGUGUCUUGCCGUCACUCUCGAGGAAUACCAGGCUUUCUUGGAACCGCUCCAGAAAACCAAAGAUGCGGACGAGAAGGCCCUCCGGUCUAGCAUUGAGGAGCACAUCUUGCCUAUCCUAGAGAAGGCCGAGGAGGCGUUGCAGCGCAAGCGUGCCAAGCGUGACAAGGAACUUCUGAGCUUGCAGCUUGUCGCGGGUGCCAAGCGGUCAAGCCGACUUGCUGCUAAACAGGAACACGAGCGACUUGAACGAGAGACUAUCGAGGCCGCUCGGAAACAUGAACAUGAUUUGGCCGAGGCUCGCCGGGAACAGGCCAAGCAUAGCCAGCUCGAGGAUGACCGCCAAUCUCGUAUGAUGACUCGCGAGCAGCGCAUCAAGGACCGUGAGCAGAAGCGCAUUCUGCACGAGGCAGAGCUUGAGCGCAUCGCCGAGGAGCAGGAGAGGCUGGAAAAGGGCGAGAGCAGGGCCUCUGCUCGGAACCUCAAGGCUGAGCUAGAAAAGUCGCAGAGGAACUUAGCGCAGCUUUCUCAGGAUGACCAGUGGAUCUUUGAUUGCUCUGGUUGUGGGGUGCACGGGGAGAAUUUGGAUGAUGGGAGCCACAGCGUUGCCUGCGAGAAAUGCAAUGUGUGGCAGCAUAGCAAGUGCCUCGGUAUUUCGCAACAGGCGGCUGAAAAAGACGACUUUCAGUUUGUCUGCCUUGAUUGCAAGCAGAAGGAGCAAGAUGCCAACAAGCCCAAGCUUCCACCUCUGAAAUUCCGUGUCAGCGCUUCGGCGUCUCCAUCAGCUUCUCCGUCUGUCGGCAAGAAGCGUAAGCUGGAGGAUGAAGAUGAUCAGAUGCCGCCUUCGCCUGUGAAGAAAUCCCAUACAGCUCUAUCCAACAUCCAGAACAAUCCCCCAAGGACGCAGCCUUCUCUUCUGCCCACCCAUAGCCACGGCCACUUCUACCCUCCACCCUCGCCUCAGCGCCCUGCCCAUCACACAAAUCAGACACCCUUGCCGUCUUCAAGCCCUCCCCGUCCACCAUUUUCUCCUCCCAAGGGCAUGAAUGGUCUGCUACAUUCUAUGGAACAGAACCCCCGACCUAGCUCUGCUCAGCACCCUCUGCCGCCUAUGAAUACGGCCCCUCACCUUCCUCCCAUCGGAUCUUUCCAAUCCGUGCGACCCUCAUCCUCUCACUCUAACCAGAGCCCCGUUCAGAACCAGCCGUCCAUGUCGCCUACGCAGGGUAAUCCUGAUGUUGGCCCUCUCGCAGGCUUCCCUUCUGUCGCUCCGCGUCACGCCUCGUCCCCGUGGAGCUCCUAUGAUACCCAUGCGACUCCGCGCCCCCAGUCUGGCCAUGGAGCCACCAACUUCUCGGCGAUGUCUCACAACUACCCAUCUUUCUCUGCCGCCACUCCCAACGGCAACCACUCCUCACCUCCCCAGAGCUCGCACGGCCUGAUGUCAGGAAUCAGCCCGACCAAGCAGUCUCCUCGCCCGGUGACUUCUGGUAGCAUGGCAGGCGCUCCAGUGCUGCCGCCCAUCCGCCGAUUGGAGCCGAGCCCUAAGCUCAUGGGCCGCAGCUCCCCGGAUGCUCCUAUUCCUCCCCCAGUGAAAUGCAUGACUCCUGAGCAGGAAGAACGCCGCCAGAGAGAGAAUGCCUCGAGGCUACACCACGCCCAUGGCUAUUCCAAUGGCCAGCAUCUGAUGUCGUCGCCAUCCCUGAACCGCCUUCCUCCCUUGGGUUCUGGCGCUGUGUCUCAGUACCCUGACCCAUCGCCUCAGCGUGGAAGCAACGGCCAUGAUCAAUAA